GUCAGAAACAAUAGGAUGAUUUAAGCAACUAGCAUUGCCUUACGAUGCUAUCCGAUGUAUUUCAACAUGAGCCUCCUCCAGUGUGGUCAUGCAAGGCCCCCCAUCGAUGCCGUACAACCUGCUAUACUAUUGGAGGACUUGUUCGGCCCCAACCACUUUGGCUGACGAGAGCGUGUGUACCCUAUCUCUAUUUGCUAGCGGACAUGUCUAGCUACAGAUGAACCGCUGAGCUUUAGAUUAUUUUUCUCCUGGAAUAUUUGUCGUGCGCCGAUGCAAAUUGAUCGGCAGUUGCCUACGCGGCUGAAUUCCCAGUUGAUCUCUCGGUCAUGAGAUAUAUAUGUAGAUGGCUCCAAAUUCACUUAAUAUGCUACAAGAUUGACUUUGCGAGAAUCUUUUAGUAGUUCUUAUAUCACUACCACCUGGCUCCACAGGAUUCAAGCUUAAUGCCAAAUACGGGGAAACCGAGCCGUGCUUGCCACGCUUGUCGAGAGCGACGCGCUAAGUGCGACUUUGCGAGACCCGGAUGUAGCCGCUGUCUACGAAGAGGUCAUCCGUGCCCUGGUUAUCGCGACGAGUUUGAUCUUCGCUUUCGCACGGUAGCAUUUGUAGAUCGCGGUGCGAAGAAACCCCAAAAAUCUCGGUUAAGCCGUGGCAAAGGGCAUGGUCCCAGAGCCUCAUCGCUGGCGCAGCAUCGUCCCGAAGGCUCUCGAUAUCUCCCUCCAUCGGAACCGCCUGUCCUGGCGAGGAGUCUGGUUCGAGAACCCUGGGAUGCUCAUUUCGUGCCUUUUGCCGUCUCGCAGUUUUCAUUCGAUCAGGUAAACAACAUUUUCGGCUUCAUUCCUCGAUGCAUUGCCACCACUGGAGAGGAUUCCGCUCUCUUUCUGGCCUGCAGCGCUGUAGGCUGCGCUCAUUUAGCACACCUGAGCGGGAGUGCUGGCUCAGUGUUCUAUUCGGCAAGGAUGUAUGGUAGGGCAAUCAGGGCCAUCAACUCAGCCCUGGAAGAUGCGGACGAGAGGAUUAGCGAUAGCACUUUAUUGGGCGUCUGGCUGUUGGGGCUCUACGAGUUUCUCUGGGGCCCCCAAGUUGACGUCCUUUCCGGGUCAGUCGCAGCUGCUUGGGACGUUCACUGUAAUGGCAUGCUGGAACUGAUUCGACUCCGGGGCCCCCAGCAAUUUACGACCCACGCCGGUCGUAGCCUGUUCUGGGUGGUAUUCAAUACUGUGCAAUAUCGAGACAUAAUUUGUCACCGGCCAAGUGACCGGGAAACACUCACCUGGUUCGAUCAGCUUUUACAGCAGUCCAAGCCGUCAGAGUUAACUAUUUUGCGGACGGCCAUCUUUUCCUACCACUGUAUACAGCUGAGCAGCCACAUUCAAGGUCUUCUGAACAAAGAUGAUCCGGACAAACUGAUAAUGGUUGCGGGUUCACUCAUGAAGGAAAUGAACAAGAUAGAGAUGCUUCACCCGUACCCCCCGGAGCAUCCUAUUGCCAGGUUCAAGAUCCAGGAACCCCUGAUGCCAUACUCCAACGCGGAAAAUCCGAACACUCUUCAGAUCGGAAUUCGGAACUUUCAAUGUUUUUUCCGCAUGGGCGUGUGUAAAAGCAUGCUACAACUAUUGUUUCAUGCACGCCGCUCGCCGCAUUGUUCGUCCAAGCACAGAGAGACCUUUCUCGAAUACCGCGAGAAGUGUAUCCAGGAGCUGGAGGCCUUAGGGUACAAAAUCAUGUUCAUGUUUGCCAAGUGGCUCGGCUUAGGGACGGACACCUGUGUCACUCAACUGAAGGGGUUUCGGCAGGGUAAUACUUCUUCAUCAGACUUUCAUUGGAGUGAUGCCGUCCGAUUUAUGUUACCACUGCGCUCUAUCGCCGUUUGUCCAUUUGCACAAGAGUGCCAUAGACAGGCUGCGGGGAGAGUUCUUGGCUUGGUGAAGGAGGAGCUUGGAUUUUUGCGAGAAAUGGCUUUGUAAUACAGGAUAGUGAAAGCAAUAU